AGGAAUCAUAAAAGGAAAUGGGACCCAAGUUUCCUGCAGCAUAUGCUCCAGCAGUGAGGGGAAAGAGAAGGAAACUUUUUUUAUCUGAGGAACGUGAAAGCUUGAAAAAGCGUAAAAUCGGGCACGAUGUCACAUGUACAAGUGCUCACAUUGCUGCUACUGACUCUUCAGUCGUGCGAUUCUCAGGGGAGGCUGCCAUUUCUCUCUCCGUUCUUCUUCCUAUGUAACUAUCAUCGUCAACAGGAAGCGGUAGGACCUGAGCAAGGAGAGGUUGCCAUAAGUGUCUCCAUCGAAGGCAACCCACAGUUUUAUACACCAGGGCAGUUGUAUGGAGUGUAUAUCAGAUCCAGCUCCGACUUUGAUGGCUUUCUCCUCACCGGAUUAUACACGACAGCAUCCGGUGCGCAUGUGUCGCCACUGACUUCUCCUAUGGCGGCCAUUAGUGGAAGUGGGGGGCCUCACCAAGGGGUGAACUACAUGUGCUCUAUGAUACAUUCGCACCUCAGUCGCAUGCCUCAGCAAAAUUUGUCAUUCAUGUGGAUGGCCCCACCCAAAGGAACGGGCUGUGUCAGCUUUUUAAGUAAACUGCUCACAAGACAUCCUCUCCAGGAUCCAUGA